CACAAGUCUUUGUUUGUGUUCCUCCUCAAUUUUAUUUUUUGCUUUUGGUCUUUUUCUUGUCUCAAUCCAAAUCUCUACCUGCGAUUCUCACCUCAUGGCUUCGCAGGAUAAAGGUCGACCAUUGCCUAAAUUUGGUGAGUGGGAUGUGAACAAUCCUGCCUCAGCCGAAGGUUUUACAGUCAUUUUCAACAAGGCUAGAGAUGAGAAGAAGACCAAUACUUCUAUCAACAUGGCUACUCCACGUACAGCUGAUCCUGUCUUCAAGAAUGACAACCAUCCUAAAUAUCCUCGAAAGAGUAAGUGGUUUUGCUGCGGUUGAUUCUAUGGUGAUUUAUGCGCCAAUUGAUAUGCUGGGAAUAGGGAUUAGACAACAAGAGCAAUCUACAAACCCUCAAUUGUUAUGUUGAAAUGUUCUUGCUGGAUCACAAACUGAUAUAUUGUUGAUGUUAGUUGUAAGCAAAUUGAAUUUUGAACACCAUUUUUCCUUUUUUUUUUUUUUUUGAGAAGAUUGAUCACACAUUGAUUUA